UUUGGCGGUCUCAUCACACAAGGACCACCAGCUCCUGACACUGGGAGGAGAGAACGUCCUCAAGGUCCGGAAACUCAAGGACGUGCGAUUCGGGAGCUUUCAAAAACUAUUUUUGGAAAACCCAAAUCCCGGUCUUCAGCCAGCGUCGCCUGCAGUUGCUAGCACUACCCACAAGGGAGAAGCCGACGCUGCACUGCUCCGCCAAAUGUGCCUCUCUUCCUCUUCUUCAUCUCUGUAGUUAGCCUGGGAAAAGAGCCCGCCUCCUGGCCCAUAAGGCCCUUGGGCCGGAAGCUCCGCUUUCUCUUCCUGCUCUCCAUCAUGGCGCAGGAUCAAGGUGAAAAGGAGAACCCCAUGCGGGAACUUCGCAUCCGCAAGCUCUGUCUCAACAUCUGUGUUGGGGAGAGUGGAGACAGACUGACCCGAGCAGCCAAGGUGUUGGAGCAGCUCACAGGGCAGACCCCUGUGUUUUCCAAAGCUAGAUACACUGUCAGAUCCUUUGGCAUCCGGAGAAAUGAAAAGAUUGCUGUCCACUGCACAGUUCGAGGGGCCAAGGCAGAGGAAAUCUUGGAGAAGGGUCUAAAGGUGCGGGAGUAUGAGUUAAGAAAAAACAACUUCUCAGAUACUGGAAACUUUGGUUUUGGGAUCCAGGAACACAUCGAUCUGGGUAUCAAAUACGACCCAAGCAUUGGUAUCUACGGCCUGGACUUCUAUGUGGUGCUGGGUAGGCCAGGUUUCAGCAUCGCAGACAAGAAGCGCAGGACAGGCUGCAUUGGGGCCAAACACAGAAUCAGCAAAGAGGAGGCCAUGCGCUGGUUCCAGCAGAAGUAUGAUGGGAUCAUCCUUCCUGGCAAAUAAAUUCCCGUUUCUAUCCAAAAGACCAAUAAAAAGUUUUCAGUGAAA